GUUGGCAGGGUGUGGAUUGUACCAUCCCGUGCUCCAGUGAUACCUGGGGUCUGAACUGUAAUCAGACGUGCCUGUGUGCCAACGGGGCGGCCUGUGACCCGGGCAAUGGAACCUGUACCUGCGCCCCCGGCUGGAUGGACGAGUACUGUGACACAACCUGUCCCGAGGGCACGUAUGGAGAACAGUGUCGAGAGCAGUGUGACUGUAUCCAUGCCGAUGGCUGUGAUCCUGUGAGGGGCGACUGUCGCUGUCUGGCUGGAUGGACUGGUGUGAACUGUGACAGUGUGUGUGUGGAGGGCCGAUGGGGCCCAGACUGCUCCUACUCCUGUACCUGUGAGAACGGAGGCUCCUGCUCACCGGAGGACGGGACGUGUGUGUGUGCCCCCGGAUACAGAGGCACCUCCUGCAGACGCAUCUGUUCUCCAGGGUUCUAUGGUCAGCGCUGUAGUCAGUCCUGUCCUCAGUGUAUCCAUAGCGAUGGUCCCUGUCACCACAUCACAGGACACUGUGAGUGUCUGUCAGGAUUCUGUGGCUCUCUGUGUAACCAAGUGUGUCCCAGUGGCAGGUAUGGGAAGGGCUGUGCAGAGCUGUGUAUGUGUAGUAACAACGGGACCUGUAACCCCAUCGAUGGCUCCUGUCAGUGCUACCCAGGAUGGAUCGGAGAGGACUGCUCUAAAGUGUGUCCCCAGGGUGCGUGGGGUCCAGACUGCAUCCAUACCUGUAACUGUCACAACGGGGCUCAGUGCAUCGCUACAGACGGACAGUGUAGCUGCGGCGCAGGGUGGAGCGGACUGUACUGUACACAACGUUGUAGUUCAGGGUUCUUUGGUACCGACUGCUCUGAGGUGUGUCGGUGUCAGAACGGAGCGGACUGUGACCACAUCACUGGUCAGUGCUCCUGUCGGACCGGAUUCAUCGGACACAGCUGUGAACUCAAGUGUCGUCCCGGUACGUUUGGCUACGGCUGUCAGCAGCUGUGUGUGUGUAUGAACAACGCCACCUGUGACUAUGUGACCGGAACCUGCUACUGCAGCAUCGGAUACAAAGGCAUCCGCUGUGACCAGGCUGCCCUGAUGAUGGAGGAGCUGAAUCCUUACACUAAGAUCAGCCCGGCCUUGGCAUCAGAGCACCAGUCAGCGGGCGCUGUCAUGGGCAUCAUCUUCCUCCUCCUCUUCAUCAUGACCGUGUUGGGGGUGGUGGUGUGGUGGCGGCAUCACCAGAGAGAGAAAGGAGGGCAGCACAUGCCCAGUGUGUCCUACAGCCCUGCCCUGAGGAUCAGCAGCCAGGGUUACUCACUCUCUGGUGAGACACUCCAGACUCUACCACUUAGUCGUGGCAUCAGUGUACAGGCUUUGUUCUCCUCUCUAGACUCCUCCCCUACCAUCAGCAACGUCAGUCAAUGUUUCACUAAUCCCGCCUACCACACUCUGGGAGCAUGUACCUACGCUGGCCACUACGCCAAGCCUGACAAGAAGACCAGAAGGGCCAAGGUGAAGGACAAGAGGUUAAACAGGAAUAGUGCUCCAGAGUGGACAGCCUACUAUAACCUCGAUGAACUGGGUGUGUACCGUGUAGACAGACGCUACAGCUCCUACCAUGAACAGUACUACAGAGACUACAUGAAGGGUUCCCUGUCCAGCACCUGCUCUCUGAACAGUGAGAACCCCUACGCCACCAUCAAUGACCCGCAGGCCGUGGCCUGUAAACACACAGAGAGCAGCUAUGUAGAGAUGCAGAGUCCUGUCCACCACGACAUGUCCUACUGCUCCUCUGCUAUAGUCACCACCACCGCCACACACACCUCCAGCAAGAACGUCUAUGAUGUGGAACCAAAGGUGAGUGUUCUCCAGGGCUGUAACGGUGUGGUGGUCCCCACGUACCCUCAGAACCCGUAUGACCUCCCCAGGAACAGCCACAUCCCCAGCCACUACGACCUGCUGCCCCUGAGACACAGCCAGAGCUACAGCCCUACACACAGCCAGGACCACAGCCACCAGAGCCACAGCCCAGCCUUGCCCGGCAGCCCUACCAGCUCCCUGCUAUAGACAGACCACUCCCGAACACUGGGCCGCGA